AUGGCUGUUUCAGAGCUUUCACUACCAGUUCGGCCAAACAGAACCCCAAGUAAGUCCUGUACUCACUUCCUCUGUAAAUCUCUCAUCUUUGCUCUGUUUCUAGUUGUUAUUCCACUGUUUCCUUCACAAGCUCCUGAGUACAUUAACCACACUCUCAUCACCAAGUUCUGGGAACUUCUCCACCUUCUCUUCAUUGGCAUUGCCGUGUCUUAUGGGGUGUUCAGUAGAAGAAAUGUGGAUAGGGGCAUUGAGAGUCAUUCCACUGUUGAUAAUUCAGAGUCUUAUGCGUCUAGAUUUUUGCAUGUUUCAUCGAUUUUUGAAGAUGGGUUUGAGAAUUCAUGUGGGUCUGGUGAGAAGAGUGUGAUCCAGACAUGGAAUUCUCAGCACUUUCAAGGUGAAUCCAUGGUUGUGGUUACCAGUGGAAGCUCUGUUCUUGAUAAAAGGGGCAGACCCAGAUCUUCAAAUUUUGAAAAUGGGUGUGAAAACCUAUUUGAGUCUGAUAGGAAGAAGGUGAUUCAAACAUGGGAUUCUCAGUACUUCAGGGGUGAAACCAUGGUUGUAGUUGCUAAAGGAAGCUAUGCCCUUGAUCAAUGGGGCAAACCUGAAUCAAGCGUUGAUGAUAAACCACUGGGAUUGCCCGUUCGGAACCUGAAAUCGAGAAUUAAAGACACUGAUUCUACUGAAUCUGUGAGCGGGAGUAGGUCUAAAUCAAGCUCCAAGACUGGUUCUUCUAAGAGUUCAGGCAAAGUUAGAAAUGGGAAAUUUGGUAAGUUGGGCCCUCUGAAAUUGGAGGAGCAGUUGAAGGACACUGUCGCCUUACCUUCACCUAUACCAUGGCGUUCAAGAUCUGGAAGGAUGGAAAUGAGAGAAGAAGCAGAUUCAUUUCAUAGUCAUUCACAUUCUAUGCCUCCCUCAUUUGAGGAACCUGAGUUUGAACAGCUGCAAUCACGGUCCUUUCGGUCCUCAACUCCGUACUCAUCUCAAGCUAGUUCUGUCUCUUCUUCACCUAGGAAACUCUCUCCUUCCUCCUCUGCUUCUUCAGAAUUGGGGAACUCGAAAAUGGAAGAACUGGGGGGAAGGAAGAGUCCUUAUGGGUCAUCUACUGCAACUUCUCCAUCACCACCAGGACAGAUGAAUGGUAAAGCUCCAUUGGAUAUGUCAAGAUCUCACCAAUUUUUUAAUGACUCUGCUUCUGAGAUGAAUGCACAGAGAAGCUUUGAAGACGAGAGGAAGGAGCUGAGUAGGAGCAGAAGAGAGGAUCAAGUGAACAGUAAAGAGUGGCAGCUGGGUUCUAUGAAGUCUGCCAUGAAACCUGGACCUCCCAAUAAACAUUUGUCAAGGGGAAGAUCAGUUAGAACAUUUAGAGCAAGUGAACUUACCUCAGAAGCAAGGAAAGUGGCAGAGAAGGGUGGAAACCGAAUGGAUGACAGUGUUGGGAAGACUUAUAUCAAAGCUGAAGAAGUACCCAUGGAAAAAUCUGACAUGAAACCAAAAGUACUCGGUAAUACAUCUUAUGUAACAAAGCCGCCAUUCUCCAAACAUCCAAAGGGAGAAAUGCAAGAGUCAGAAGAUUUGGAGGGUGAGGCUCACAACUUUCGAACAAGCUCAGAUGAAGAAGUUGCAUCCAACAUUGUUGGUGAGGAAGAACCUGUCCCUCAUGAGGUUGACAAGAAGGCUGGUGAGUUUAUAGCCAAGUUCAAGGAGCAGAUUAGGCUUCAGAAAAUGGCUUCGAUUAGAGGGCACACAUGGGAAAAACGUCUAUAG